AUGGACCAGUCGGUGGCCAUCCAGGAGAGCCUGGCCGAGGGCGCGACAUGCCGGAUCGCCGUGCAGGGCAUCCUGGCUGCCGGGGACAGCGUGGAGAGUCGGCUGCUGGGCCUGGUGCAGAGCGGCGGGCAGCACGCGAUCCAUGUGUACACCCACCGCCGAAUGGCCAUCACGGCUGAGGAUGUCUGCCUGGAGAAAGUCAUCCCCAUCACAGAAGGGUUUUCAGUGCAAGAAGUUGUGCUUGACAGUGACCUUCCUGUCCUUGGCUCUGACGUCACUGUCCAGAUCCGUUCAGGAGAUGAGCGGCUCACGGUGCAGCUGCCCUUCGGCUCCCACACCCGUGCAUUCCUUCAGGAGGUGGCCAGCUGCAGCUUAGAUGUGCUUGGCUCUGAAGGUGUGAAGCUGAAUGGAAAAAAGCUUGUGGUUAGUGAGAACCAGAGCCACAACAGCACCAGUAAAAGUGCUCCCAGUUUUGCUUUCUUUUGCAGGCCAAACAAACCUGAAGUGACAGCUGAAGCAGUGCAGUCCUCCAGCGUCAUGGUUUCGAACAAGGCUUCCAUUUUAUCAGAGCCAAAGUUUGGACUCAGAGAUACCAUUGUUAAAUCUCAGCUUGUACAAAUGGAAGACUCCUACACACACAUCCAGAGCUUCAGAUUUUUUGUUGGGACAUACAACGUGAAUGGUCAGUCACCCAGAGAGAGCCUCCAGCCUUGGCUGAGCUGUGAUGCUGAGCCUCCAGAUGUCUACUGUGUAGGUUUCCAGGAGCUUGACCUGAGUAAAGAAGCCUUCUUUUUCAAUGACACACCGAAGGAAGAGGAGUGGUUUAAAGCUGUAACUGAUAGUCUGCACCCAGAUGCCAAAUAUGCAAAGGUGAAACUCGUGCGGCUCGUGGGGAUCAUGCUUCUGUUGUAUGUGAAAGCAGACCUGGCUUUGAACAUCUCUGAGGUGGAAGUUGAGACAGUGGGAACUGGAAUCAUGGGGAGGAUGGGUAACAAAGGUGGUGUUGCCAUAAGGUUUAGAUUCCACAACACCAGUGUGUGUGUUGUGAAUUCUCACCUGGCAGCUCACACGGAGGAGUUUGAGCGGAGGAACCAGGACUUCAAAGACAUCUGCUCCCGGAUGCAGUUCUGCCAGGCAGAUCCAGAUUUGCCUCCUCUCACUAUUGGCAAACAUGAUGUGAUCUUAUGGUUGGGUGACCUCAACUAUCGGCUGGAGGAGCUGAAUGUGGCAAAAGUGAAGCAGCUUGUGGAUGAGAAAGCAUUCCCAGAGCUGUGCCAGUACGACCAGCUGAAGAGGCAAAUGAAUGCACAUGCAGUCUUUGAAGGCUUUACAGAGGGAGAGAUUUCUUUCCAGCCAACAUACAAAUACGAUGCUGGCUGUGAUGAGUGGGACACAAGUGAGAAGUGCCGUGUUCCAGCGUGGUGUGAUCGGAUCCUCUGGAAGGGGCAGAACAUCGCCCAGCGCAGCUACCGCAGCCACAUGGCUCUGAAGAUCAGCGACCACAAACCUGUCAGCUCCCUGUUCGACAUCGGGGUGAAGGUGGUGAACAAGGAGCUCCAUAGAAAAGCCUUUGAAGAAAUAGUUCGCUCCCUGGAUAAGCUGGAGAAUGCCAACAUCCCCUCCGUGACCCUGUCCCAGGGAGAGUUCCAUUUUGAGGAUGUUAAAUACAUGCAGCUGCAGGUGGAGAAGUUUACAAUCCGCAAUGGACCAGUGCCCUGCCAGUUCGAAUUCAUCAGCAAACUAAAUGAGGAAACCUACUGCAAGGAGUGGCUGAUUGCUAAUCCCAGUAAGGGCUUUCUGAUGGCAGAUGCUGAGAUCACAAUUGAGUUGGAGGUGUUUGUUAAUAAAUCAACAGCUACACACUUAAACUCUGGAGAAGAAAAACUGGAAGAUAUCUUGGUCCUGCAUCUUAAUGGGGGGAAGGAUUAUUUUCUGUCUGUAACAGGCAACUACUUGCCAAGUUGCUUUGGGUCUCCCAUUCACACGCUCUGUUACAUGAGGGAACCGAUCCAGGACAUGUCAGCUGAAUCCAUUCGGAAACUUACCCUGAUGCCACUAGAAAUGAGUGAAGGUGCUGCUGAAGCUGAGAAGCCUAUGGACAUCCCAAAGGAGCUGUGGAUGAUGGUGGAUCACUUGUACCGCAAUGCUUCCCAGCAGGAGGAUCUGUUUCAGCAGCCAGGCCUCAGAUCCGAAUUUGAGCAGAUCCGAGACUGUUUGGACACAGGAAUGUACGAUACCCUCUUUGGCAGCAACCACUCGGUGGCAGAAGCCCUGCUGCUCUUCCUGGAGAGCCUGCCUGAGCCUGUCAUCUGCUACAGCUUCUACAGCAGCUGUUUGGAGAGUGCCAGCAGCUACCUGCUGAGCAGCCAGAUUAUCUCUGACCUGCCAGGAUGCCAUAAAAAUGUGUUUGAAUAUCUAAUGGCAUUUCUACGAGAACUGCUGAAAAAUUCCGAGAGAAACCAUUUGGAUGUGAAUAUUCUUGCUAGUAUAUUUGGUGGCUUGUUACUUCGACCUCCUCCUGGACACCCUACACCUGAUAUAGGAGAGAAGAGGAAAGCUCAGCAAUUCAUCCGUCAGUUCCUCUUGAGAGAAGACAAUUCACCAUGAA